GGUCCCGACUUGGAAAACCAACCUUUCAUCCUUGAUGGAAAUAUGCAAGAACCGUUUCUUAGGCAACAGGACUGGAAUAUUUUUUAAGUUUUAAAAAACAACACGCUAUUCAAAAACGGCUCAGGCAGAUGCCUCCUUGACUCACUGGAGUAUAUGGGGUGGAGGAUGUUGUCUUUCCAGGUGCAGUACCGGCAGCUGUUCCAAAUGGUGAUUGUAUUAGGAAUGAGUGGUACCCUCCUUAUUGGCUUCCAGGUCUCUGUGAUCACCUAUCCAUCCCAGGACAUCAAGAGUUUCAUCAAUGAGACGUGGCUGCAGCGAUAUGGUGUGUCUCUCCCGCCAGAUAGGCUGGCUGUGUUGUGGUCCUUCAUCAUCUCCAUCUACUGCCUGGGGGGUCUUUUGGGCUGUUUAUGGAGCGGCUCACUGGCUGUGAGAUACGGAAAAAAGAAAACUUUAAUUUGCAGCAAUUUUAUUAUAAUCGUGGGAGCUCUUCUUAUUGGUUCCAGUAAGAUGGCCAGGUCUUUUGAAAUUAUUCUAAUGGGCCGUUUCCUUUAUGGCAUCAGUGCAGGACUCUGCCUGAAUAUCCAUGGGCCCUAUCUCGGUGAAAUUUCCCCCAAGAAGUUCCGAGGCCUGGCCACCACCACAGCAGCUAUAUUUUUCUCCCUUGGAAAAGCGUUGGGGCAAAUCCUGGGCUUAAGAGACCUUUUAGGCACCGAGGCCCUGUGGCCCCUCCUGCUGGCCCUGUGUGGCUUCCCAGCCCUGCUGCAGCUGCUGCUGCUGCCGUUUUUCCCGGAGUCACCCCUGUACUUCCUGAUACAGAGGAAGGAUGCCGAUGCCUGCCGAAAAGCAAUGAAAGACCUCUGGGGUGAAAGGCAUCAGCAAACGGAAAUCGAGGAGGCAUUGAAAGAGAUGGCCAUUGCAGGCUCCAAGAACUUGAGUAUCUGGGAAGUGGUGAGACAGCCCAGCUUGCGAUGGCCAUUGCUUAUCGCCAUUCUGCUGGUUGCAAGUUUGCAGCUCUGUGGCCUGAGUGCAAUAUACUUCUAUGCUUUUGAAGUCUUCCGCACUGCCAGGCUUGAAGAGCCACUCAUCCCUUAUGUCACUCUGGGCAUUGGUCUCUGCGAAUUUGCCUCUGUGGUCCUGUGCAGCUGCAUCAUUGACCGCCUGGGCCGGAGAGUUCUGCUGUGGGGCGGGUUUGGGAUGAUGGCCUUCACAUUGGCCCUCCUCGUCCUCACUCUGUCUCUCCAGGAUCAGUCUCCCUGGAUUUCCUACAGCAGCAUCGCCCUCAUCUUCCUCUUCAUAACUUUCUAUGGAAGUGGUCCGUCUGGUGCCAUCUUCUCUGUCAUGGUGGAGAUUUUCCGUCCUGAUGCACGACCAUCCGCCCUUGCCGUGGCUGGCUCGUUCAGCUGGUUGGGCCUCUUUAUCACCGGCAUAGGCUUUCCCUUUGUGGUGGAGGCCCUUGGCCACUACUGCUUCCUCAUCUUCUUCGGUGUGCUCAUUGGAAUGGGACUUUUCACCUACCUCUUCAUUCCAGAGACAAAGGGGAGGUCCAUCCUAGACAUCACAGAAGACCUCAACAGGAUCCCUCUGGGGAAGAGGAGCACAUUACCUGCUCUGGAAAGAAGCUCUGCCCCCAGGAGCCACAGCCUUUGCACCAAGUUAUGACCACAGCCCUGAAAGCUCUGCAAAAACAGGCUUUGAUGCCUAAGCCAAAGAGAUGAGGGAGGAGAGGGGCAGGUGCAGAGAGGAGAGGUGCUCUUGAUGGAUCAGGGCAGCCAGGGAAAAGGCCUCAUGCGCUUCCCUCCUUCCAUUGGAGCCGGAAAGCCAAGAUUCUUUGUCAGGCGUGACAGGCACAGCUCUGGGGACUAUGAAGCUUCUGGGGUCUACCACAAAAGUCAACUAAAAAAAAAAACCCUAAUAUCACAAUGUGUGUAUCCUAAAAUUAUAUAUAUUUAAAAUAUUUGAUUAUAUUUAUAUUUGCUGCAAUGGGCCAGAGUGGAUGGGAUUAUUUUGACUCAAUAGAUUAAUUCUGACCAAGCCUUGGUGGGAUGGAGGCACUUAGCUCACCUCCCACAGAUGUUGAUUCUGUCUUUACAGCCUACAUGAAUCUGGGUGCAGGACUAAGCAAAGAAAAUUAGAUAUAUAAUUCAUAUUGAAGAAAUGAAGAAAAACAAUACAAAUUAUGAAAGAAAAAAGUAAGGAAAGUAAAUAAAAGUAAUAUAUAUGUAAGUGAAAAUGCAAAUAAAAAUAGAGAAUAGAAAGAAAAGAAAGAAAAGAAAAAGAGACGUGGCUUCUGAUCUUCUUAACAGCAGAGAAUAAGGGCAUUUAUAUCUUACCUUCUCUCUCUCUAAGGUUGCUGACAAGUUCCUUCCUUCCUUUUCAUUAUCAAAUAUAUAAAUAACAAGCUCAUUUUUUUCAUGUUUCAACAAAAAGUCCAUAAGGGGUUUUCAGUCACUAAUAAAUGUAAUUAUUGUCCUUUCUCUAAUCAAGAAAAUCAGUUUUGCCAUCUCUGCUAAUCCUGUCAUCUUCACAAGCCCUAACAGGGAGAAGUCAUGCCAAUCAAGGGUCCAGACAAGGAUGGAUACCUGCUCCCAUUUCUUCAAUCUGUACAUUAAUGAUAUCCUAAAUGUCCUUCAUUCACCUGACAUGCUUAUGCCUAAAAUUAAAAAUAAACAUCUAAACAUUC